UCCCGGAAGCGGAAGUGGGGUCGCGGCGAUCAUGGUGCCGCUGGGGCGGGGAAGGAGCCGCCGCCGGCGCCCGGUGAGCGGGCGGGGAUGAGCCGUUCCGGCCGGAGCUCCCGGUGAGAGGCGCGGAGCCAUGGGCGAGAACAGUCCCGAGGGCAACGCCAUCUACUAUGAAGCGGAGGAAGACGAUUUAACCCAAGAUGAAAAUAUGAGGUUUUCUGACAAAAACGGGUUGGUGUCCUCCUCGUCCGGGACGGUGUAUGACAGGACAACUGUGCUCAUAGAGCAGGACCACAGUGUGCUGGAAGAUGAGGAGGAUGAAGGACAGUGUGGUGAUCACUUGCCUUUUUUACCCGAGGGUCAUGAAGAAGGAUUUAAUUUAAUAGAAGAUCAUGAAGGGAUGUCACAGGGUUAUGUGCAACACAUUAUUUCUCCAGAUCAGAUUCAUCUAACAAUAAAUCCUGGUUCAACUCCCAUGCCAAGAAAUAUCGAAGGAGCAACACUCACUUUGCAGUCUGAGUGCCCAAAAACCAAGCGUAAGGAAGUGAAGCGCUACCAGUGCACCUUCGAGGGCUGUCCCCGCACCUACAGCACCGCUGGCAACCUGCGCACGCACCAGAAAACCCACCGGGGGGAGUACACCUUCGUCUGCAACCAGGAGGGCUGUGGCAAGGCCUUCCUCACCUCCUACAGCCUCAAAAUCCACGUCAGGGUGCACACCAAGGAGAAACCCUUCGAGUGCGACGUGCAGGGCUGCGAGAAGGCGUUCAACACACUGUACAGGUUGAAAGCACAUCAAAGGCUUCACACAGGGAAAACAUUUAACUGUGAAUCAGAGGGCUGCAGCAAAUACUUCACAACGCACAGUGACCUGAGGAAGCACAUUCGAACACACACGGGAGAAAAGCCAUUUCGGUGUGAGCAUGAUGGCUGUGGGAAGGCUUUUGCUGCAAGCCACCACCUCAAAACACAUGUUAGAACGCAUACUGGGGAGAAACCCUUCUUCUGUCCCAGCAAUGGUUGUGAGAAGACUUUCAGUACCCAGUACAGUCUCAAGAGUCACAUGAAAGGUCAUGAGAAGGGACAGACCUAUAAUAAUGCACUUCCCAACAACAAUGUGUCUGAGGAUACAAGUCACUCACUUUGUCUGAGUGAUUUAAGCCUCAUCUCAACAGAUUCAGAAUUGCGGGAGAACUCUAAUCCAACACAUGGACAGGACCUCAGCACAAUCUCACCAGCAAGCAUCUUUGAGUCUAUGUUUCAGAGCCCAGACCACACUGCAAAUCAGGAUGACUCUCAGCAGACAGCGGCUUCCUUGAUGGAAGGGUUUAACGGCGACACGGACUCGGUGGCCGCGGUCCCGCCCCCAGCAGCAGACGCCGCCUCCUUGUCCCUCCCCCUGGUCCUGCAGCUCGGCCUCCCGGAGCCCGCAGCGCCGGCUGCUCCCUCCUCCAUAGCACCCGGCUCCCAGCCAGCUGCGUUUGGGAAUCCUGCAACUGCUUUACAAUCCCCAGAAGUGCCUGUUCCUCACAGCACACCGUUUGCAGCCGCUCACCAGGACUUCCUGCAGCACCCCCAGCCCCCGCCACAGCCCUUUGUGCAGGGACUGUCAGUGGUUGCUGGGGCUCCUGCCUCGACAGCCCCGAGUGCUGCUGAGCCCCUGCCAGCUGUAGUUCAGACUGUGCCUGUUGCUGCAAACCCUGUUUUGACCAGUAACCCCACUAUAACCAUCACUCCUUCUCCGAACACCGCCAUUCUGCAGUCCAGCAUUGUCAUGGGAGAGCAGAACUUACAAUGGAUCUUAAAUGGUGCCACUGGUUCCACACAAAGCCAAGAACAAAUGCCACAAGUUCCAAAAGUAGUGGAAAAGGUGUUUUUUACCACUGCAUUACCAGUAGCUGGUAACACAGGAAACCCCGUUCAGCAGAUUGGUCUCAGCGUUCCUGUCAUUAUAAUAAAGCAGGAGGAGGCCUGCCAGUGCCAGUGUGCCUGCCGAGACUCUGCCAAGGACAAAGCCACCUCCACUGUUAAGAAGGAAUGUUCCUCACCUGAUUCAAAAGCUUUGGAGCAGCCAGCUUCCCAGCUGCAGCCUCAGACCUUCCCUUCCUCCUCUGCUCCUCCUUCUUGUGGGCAGAGGAGUCAGAUAGUUAACCCUUCAGACUCCCAGACUGAAACAUUAAGUGCCAUGGAUGUAUCAGACUUCCUGUCCCUCCAAAGCCCUGAAACCCCAUCUAAUAUAAUUCCAAUUGAAGCACUACUGCAGGGUGAGGAAGAAAUUGGUUUGAAUAGCAGCUUCUCUAAGUGAAGAUGUUCCAGAUUCUCCUUUGCACCUGGAGGGUAAAACCCUUCUCCUUAGAAGCAGAAACUGAAGGAUUGAUUCUUAUUCCUUCCUGUUUGGAAGUUUUGUGGCUUAUUUCUGCUUCAUGGAUGUCAUCUUAGUCACGUCCCAGGUACAUCCACCUUUGAGAUUCUAAAAAAAGAAAAGGUAAAAAAAAAAAAACUAAGUUAUAUAUGAACUGUUUUGGCUGCACUGUCUGUCACUUUUGCUUGUCAUAUGUGAACACAGAAGUUAAGGUUACUCGUGUGCAAAAAGAUUUUUAAAAGGAAAAGGGGGGUUACUUUGUCUCCAAUUGCACAUCACUUACUUUUGGGAUUAAGGUACUGGCAGCAAGUGGGUCUUUGUUACAACUUCUUGGGUCUCUAAUUUUCUUCUGUCUCUCAUGUCUCUACUAACCAUGCACUAAAGGGGAGCCCAGGAAAAGAGGCUGCAGGGGGAGGAAGUGGCAUAGCUGGGGGAGGAUUUAUCUGCAGUGUGAUCUGAAUGCAAUUGUCACAUAGCUGAUGAGGAGCUGGUGCCUGGUUUUGCUGUGUACUAAUGCUCUUGGAAGCCUCCAGGAGCUUUGGGGGAGUUUAUUUCAGCAGGGCACAAGUACCCUGUGCCUCUAAUAGGUCUGUUCAUCUAAUUCCAUUAGGACUCAAGUGUGUUGCAGACACUGUGUCACAGCAUGGAAGCACAGUCAGAGCUGCUGCUGGCUCUGGCUCCAGAGUCUGUUUUCUUGGCCCCUCUGAAGGGGGCAGUGGGUUCCAGGUGUGGUCAGGUUGGUGCCUGCUGCUCUUUUGAUUUCUUAGGCUCUGUUCAGCAACAAGUCAUCAUCCCAACCCUGGACUGUUGAAUCAGGAGCACGGUGCCUUUGCUGGUUACUCUUAUCUUUUGUGAAGACCAACCCUUAAAAAUUUUGAGCAAGGUUUAAUAUAAAUUCAGUUUUAAUUCAGUGAGUUUGUCCUUCAGUUGUCCAUACAUGCUUCUUUUUUUCCAGUGAGCUAUAUAAUUUCUGCCUGACUCUGCCUCCAGCCUACUGCAAUGCCAGCUUUUUGUGCACGGGGCUAUUUCUUGACUAAAAGAUGUUACACAACAGAAUAGUUUUUCAUAUCAAACUGAGAGUCUAUAUUCUAACCUACUCAGGGUAAAUCAAAUCCAAACCCCCCCUUCCACCAAAAAGCCUGUAAUGUUGCAAUAAAUGCAGUCUCAUUCUAAAUUGUUUAUUUAUGCUGCAUUAUUUUAAAAGAUGUAAUUUUAUAGUUUUUAUCCAUCUUUCUGGCUUUGGCUGUCAGUCUUGUUGUGUUAAAGAAAAGAAUAUUAAAUAGUCUUUAUUCAGUUUACAGUGUUGUCAUUAGUGAGAUACAAAGAUAAUGACUGUAAGCCAAUUAGUGGGGAGUGUCCCUGCACUCACUUUAGGAAUGCAAACUGUAGUGGAUAGAGGUCUUUCACUCUUUGUGUUUGAUUAGAGCUGCUCUCUGUACCUCCAGGGAGGGGAGAGCCCUGUGAGUGCUGCCUGGUGAUCACAGAUCACCUCCUGAACUAAAGGAGGUGUUUACUCCUCCUGUGACUGCUCAGUGCAGCCUGGCCAGCACUGGCUUUGUGCUGUUCCCCUGGGAAUGCACUGCCCAGGCAUGGCUGGAAAGGGACUGAAGGGGAUUUGCCUUCCCCUCCUGGACAGCUUGCCUCUGCUGAAGGGCAGAAAGGAAAGAGCUGUGUCCUGUGAGGGCAGAGAGGUGUGCCAGGAGCACUCUGUGUGUCUGUGCCAGGGCACUUGCAGGGAUGAACAUCACACGUGCUGCUGGUGUUUCCUCUGGGUGUGUGGAGUCCUGCAGCAGCAAGGUUUGGCAUCCACAAAGCAGGUUAACAAAGCAUUUCUUGUUUUGUUCCUGUAAUGGCAAUCCUUGGAGGGCAGUGAGGUGAUGGCCCCUUUGCUUUUCUCCUACAGCUUCAUUUUGUGCUGCACUUGGGUUGCAUGGCAGCAAGAACUGCUUUGAACACAAAAAACAGUCCCAGGCCUGCAGAGGAGUCUCCUGCCAGCUGCUCUGCACAGAGCUGCACUUGGGAGGGGAGUGAGCACUGCCUGGAGCUGCCUGGGGUCCCUCUGGUGCUCUCCCUGUGGCCUGGGGCAUUUUCUUUGGUGCAGUGCAGCUGUGGUGUUUGAGGGUGAGUGGGUGUGCAUGUGUGUGCCUGUGGGACACAGCUGAUGCAGGAGUUGUGGGGUUACCUCUGAUGGGGGACGAGGGUCCCAGAUGUGGCCUGCACUGUGACAGCUGGGCAAUUUAGCAACCACUUCUGAGCCUUCACAGCCUUCAGGGAGGCUUUUUUACUUUUGCUACUUAUGACUUAGUCAACCUAAAACAUGCCUCUGGUUAGACCAGAGAGCAUCUUCAGAAAGUUUUGUGACUGAAAUGAGUAGAAGAAACUACCAAAGUCUCUGAACUGGGAAGCUCAGUGUGGAGCUGCAGUGCCCUGGGUCAAUCUCUGCUGUUUCUCUUCACAGCUACUGGGAUUUUUUUGUUGUGUUCUAGGAAAAGCACCACGUCCAUCUGAUUCUUUGGUGCAUUGGGUUUGCCAUUGCCCUCUUAUAUGUGCAUCAGGCAGGCUGCAAUUCAGGUGGAACUGGUUAGAGCUUGUACUGAGGCAGGAGCAUGUGACUGUGUGAGCACACAGCCUGUGCAUCCACUGUGUUUUACAGGUGUGUGCUUUUGUUGUUUAUGUCCAUCUGCUUUCCAGAGUGUUUGUGCUGCCUGUGUCUGAGGUGUUUUCACAUUUGCAUCAUCCCCAGGACUGUGUGAUCAGACUGCACUCCAGGGCAGUCUGUGCCAUGCUGGGAUGAGAGGAGAUCCAAGGGCAGCUGCAGCAAAGCCCUGAGAUUCUGCAAGGCCAGAGAUUUUCCUGUUCUCUCCUUGCUGCCCCAGCAUUUAGUGUAUUCACUAUUACAUGGUCAAUAAAAGGGAGAGUUUCUGCCCUUACAGAUGUGGUGAGACAUUGGAUUCCCAGAAAAGAGUUCAUGUGCUGGAGCCUCUGGGAACAGCAUGCCUGCCUCUACAAAGUCUGCAUGAACUCCUUGAAUUAUCAGUCAGAGAGCAAAACUGUGAUGCUCUAGGUCACCUGUUUGUGCUACUGGGGGUUUACUUGGUCACCCACAGUUUCUAGAUGGGUGUAGAAGCUUAAAUAUGUAGAAGGGGUCAACUUACUGACUUUGGUACCUUUGGUUACCAAGCAAGGACCCAAGCAAGCAGACUUGGCAUGCAGCUGAAGGUUGGAGAAAUUGCUUUUUGUGGUAGGUGGAGUGAAAAAUCAGCACUGAUUGAAUGCUGGUACUGAACUACAUGGAACAAAGUACAAGUUGGACACUUGUGUAAUGCUGAGUGUGCCCAGGAAGACAAGUUUGCAGAACCUCAUACUGGUAUCUAAAAUGCACUUUAGGUUAUUUUAUCUUUAACCCAAUUGCUGCAAUUUCUUUUGUAUAUAUUUCACAAAGUUUAUUUUUGCUCUGAGUAAAAGUUAACAGGGGUGUGCAAAGAUGAGCACUUAACUUGGUGCAAUACCUGUAGCUAAAGAUCCUUGUCCUGCGUGGUCUGUGUGUCUGUCUGACAGAACAGCUGUGGUGGGUGCUGUGCUGCCCUCCCCCCUGCCCCAGACAAAUUAUGCAUCGUUAGCAAACGUCCAAUCUAUGCAAAUAACCCUCUGAGAGCACUGUGCUUCAGCAGCCUUUUCUCUCUUGCUUUCUGGGGGCUGCUUGUAACUCCUGUUGGACAUGCUGUGUCCCUUGGUGUGUGUCCUCCUUCCCCUGUCCUCCUUCUGGCACCCACGUGGGAACACAAGUGACAAACUGCUUUCAAACAGGCAUGUUGCACCUUUGAAAUUUGUCUUCAAGAUGGUUUCUGAUGUCCUGUUACUGCCUUAUUUCUUGGGGGGUGGCAUGGCUGCAGCCAUCCACGUUGUCCUUGAUCUGCAUCACGCUGUGAACUGUUUACAGCACUCCUACUCCAGGAUAAACUGGGUUCAGAGCUGGAGCUGCAGGGGAGCUGAGCCCAGGGUAGCUGUCCUUGGAGGUGACUGGAGAUGAGCAGCUGUUGCUGGUUGUUCUGGGGUGAGGCAGCUGGGUCAGUGGGGCAGAGCAGCUCUGGUGUCACAUUCUCACCAGGCAGGGCACAGAACUCACACUGCCUCAGAUCCUCCCACAGAACCAGGACAGGGUGCUGUCUCUGCCAAAUUAUUUGAGAUCUGUGGGUGAAAAGUUCUUGGCAGGAAUUACCUGACCUAGCUGGGCAGAACUGUUGGAGUCAGUUUGGACUAUAAGGCAAAGAAGAGCAUGUCUUUAAUAAACCCUAUGAAUUUCUGACUGCAGAGUUUUUAAUUGUAUACUAUUUUUUCCAUAACAUAUUUUGGAAGCAGUGUCAAGUUUUUAUAAAUGUUACCUGUAGUCGAUUCUCAUGGACAGGGCUGAAUUUUUUGUGUCUUGUCUUGAUAUCUAUCACAUGUUCUAGAGGUUGGAUUCUGUGUCUGCACUGAGAAAUGCAAAUUAAACUGGAUAUUUAUGUAGUAGUGUACAUAGUCUAAGUGUGUGUUUUUGGAACUAGGUAAAACCCCACACCAUGCUGCAGUGGUGUGCAAGCUGGCCAAAAUUUGGUUCAUUAUGCAGUGUACACUUUCUCAAAUAAAUGCAGUUUCUACUUUUUCUUAAAAAAUGAUUUUUUUUCACAUGACCUUUUCCAGCAGACUCGAGGGUGUGUUUGCAGUGCUGUAGUUGCAGUCGCUGGUGUUCCUGGUUUGUGACUCUUGUCCUCCCACUGCUCGGGCUGACUCUGCUCUGUUUUGCCUCACCCAGCCUGGCUCCACACUGGGGGCAGCUCCAGCUCCAGCACUGCCUGGGGCUUUGGAGACAGCUGAACUAAACCCCAGCUUCUCAAGAAUGUGUGUAUGGUUAUAAAGGAAUUUAUUUAACUCUGAAACAUGGGAACAAAUGUGCUUACAUUGAGCAAUGUGAAGAUGUUAGUUACAGGUACAGUACUUCCAAAGGAAGAGCAUCUCCAAAACCCAAAAGAGUAAAUAUGAAUUUGUAUUUUUUGAAGAAUGUGAAAUAAUGGUGUUUGCUUAAUUGCUCAUUUUGUAUGAAGUUAAUAUUGUACUUUGAAAUAUCUGCAAAGAAGUGGAAAUUAACCUUUUUGGAAUUGAAAGCAAUAUUAAUACUAAUGGAAUCCUAAUUAAAUGCUUAUUUAA